AUGUCCAUUGGGAAGACCAUGCUCGGUCGACGACAUGUGCUUCCCUCUGUUCUGUCCACCUUGACAGAACUGCAGGUCGAGGGGACCUUCAAGACCGGCACGUACCUGGUCACGGUCCACCAUCCAAUCAGUUCCGACGAUGGAGACCUUGAAAAGGCGCUGUAUGGAAGCUUCCUCCCUGUGCCGUCCAAGGACGCAUUUCCCUUGCUAGACGAGAGUGAGUACGACAAUACGAAAAUGCCGGGUGCAGUCGUUCCGGUGAAAGAAGGCAAAAUUACGUUGAACGAGGGUCGGAAGAGGAUUCAGCUCAAGGUCGUGAGCAAGGGGGACAGGCCAAUACAGAUUGGGUCCCAUUACCACUUCAUCGAAACGAAUCCGCAACUCGAGUUUGAUAGAAGUAGAGCAUAUGGCUUCCGUCUAGACAUCCCCGCAGGUACAUCGGUCCGUUUUGAGCCCGGAGACACAAAGACAGUCACUCUGGUCGAGAUUGCAGGCAACAAGGUGAUACACGGUGGAAACAACCUCGCUUCGGGCCCUGUCGAUGUAUCUCGCGCCGACGAAAUCGUGCAGAAACUACAGCAAGCUGGGUUCGCCCACGCGCCUGAACCGGCCGGUGACCUGGCGCAUAUCGACGUCGCAUCCAUGACCCGCGCGGCCUAUGCCGGCAUGUUCGGUCCCACGACUGGUGAUCGCGUCCGGCUGGGAAUGACCGACCUAUGGAUCAAGGUCGAAAAGGACUUGACGGUCUACGGCGAGGAGUGCAAGUUUGGUGGCGGCAAAACUCUUCGAGAAGGCAUGGGACAAGCAUCAGACCGGAAGGAUGCCGAUAUCCUUGACACGGUCGUCACCAAUGCGCUGAUUGUCGACUGGUCCGGCAUCUACAAGGCCGACGUGGGUAUCAAGGACGGCAUCAUCGUGGGCAUUGGUAAAGCGGGCAAUCCGGACGUCAUGGACGGUGUCCAUCCCAACAUGAUCGUCGGCAACGGCACCGACGUCAUUGCAGGAGAGCAUAGCAUCCUUACCGCGGGAGGUAUCGACUCGCACAUUCACCUGAUCUGUCCUCAACAAGCUUACGAAUCUGUCGCGGCCGGCAUCACCACUUAUCUCGGAGGUGGCACGGGUCCUAGUACAGGGACCAACGCGACAACAUGCACGCCUGGGAAAUGGCACAUGAAACAGAUGCUCCAAGCGAUCGACUCGAUCCCCAUCAACUACGGCAUCACGGGUAAAGGAAAUGACAGCUCGCCGGUCGCUCUUCGCGAGCAAUGCGAGGCUGGGGCGUGCGGCCUCAAAUUACACGAAGACUGGGGCACGACGCCCGCGGCGAUCGACACGUGCCUGUCUGUGUGCGACGAAUACGACGUCCAAUGCCUCAUCCACACCGACACGCUCAACGAGUCUGGCUUUGUGGAGUCCUCGGUCGCCGCCUUCAAGGGCCGCACCAUCCACACCUACCACACCGAGGGUGCCGGCGGCGGGCACGCGCCCGACAUCAUCUCUGUGGUCGAACACGCCAAUGUGCUCCCCUCAUCGACGAACCCCACGAGACCGUUUACGAGGAACACGCUGGACGAGCACCUCGACAUGCUGAUGGUGUGUCACCACCUCUCCAAGAACAUCCCGGAGGACAUUGCGUUCGCCGAGUCGCGGAUCCGCGCCGAGACCAUCGCGGCCGAAGACGUGCUCCACGACCUCGGCGCCAUCUCCAUGAUGUCCUCGGACUCGCAGGCCAUGGGGCGCUGCGGCGAAGUCAUCCUCCGCACGUGGAACACGGCGCACAAGAACAAACAGCAGCGCGGAACUCUAAAAGAAGAUGAAGGCACCGACGCCGACAACUUCCGCGUCAAGCGGUACCUGAGCAAGUAUACGAUCAACCCGGCUAUUGCGCAGGGGAUGAGUCACUUGGUGGGCAGCGUCGAGGUGGGCAAGGUGGCCGACCUAGUGUUGUGGAAGCCGAGCAUGUUUGGGACGAAGCCGAGCUUGGUGGUCAAGGGCGGGAUGAUCAGCUAUGCGCAAAUGGGCGACCCCAACGCCUCCAUCCCGACGGUGCAGCCCGUGCUCAUGCGGCCCAUGUUCGCGGCGCACGUCCCCUCGCGGAGCAUCACGUUCGUGUCGCAGCACUCCGUGACGUCCGGUGUCGUGGCGUCGUACAACCUCUCCAAGCGCGUCGAGGCGGUCAAGAACUGCCGCGCCGUGGGGAAGAAGGACAUGAAGUUCAACGACGCCAUGCCUCGCAUGAAGGUCGACCCGGAAUCCUACAAGGUCGAGGCCGACGGGGUCCAUUGCACGGCCGCGCCGGCUGAGGUGGUGCCUCUGGGUCAGACGUACUUUGUUUAUUGA